UUUUUGGUGUUUGGCGCUUGAUAUGAAUAUUGAUGCAUAUGUUAUUGAGCGAUUUUAUGGUGUAUAUUUGUUAUAUUGCACAAAUCCGAAAUAUGAAGGAAGGACGUAUAUUGGCUACACAGUAGAUCCAAACAGAAGAAUUAAGCAACAUAAUAAAGGAAAGCAUGCUGGUGGAGCUUGGCGAACAAGUAAUAGAGGACCGUGGGAAAUGGUCUUGAUUAUCCAUGGCUUCCCCAAUGAUAUAUCCGCAUUAAGGUUUGAAUGGGCCUGGCAGCAUCCUCAACGAUCCCGCCGUUUGAGACAUAUCACAAAGAAGAAGCCUCGUGAAAAAAUGUAUGAUUUCUGCUUGCGCAUCUUGUCAGAGAUGCUACAGGUGGGGCCAUGGAACCGACUAGCUUUAACAGUUCAGUGGUUGAAACAAGAAUUUGCUCGAGAAUUUCCUACGGAUCUCUGCCCACCACUUCAUAUGCCCAUAGCAUAUGGUCCUGUUGUGAGUAAGAAAAUAGAUCACACACAAGGCGCAACUUCACAGACAUCUGUUCAAGACGAUGACCCAGUGUGUGUUUGCUCCCUCUGUUAUGAAGUGGUCCAUCCAUCUGAGAAAAUCUCCUGUCUUGCUCCAAGCUGUUUACUAGUAGCACAUGUCAUUUGCCUUGCAAAAAGAUUCCUCAAAGUGUGUGGGCUCGGACAGUAUGACUUUGGCUGUAAAGAAGAGAAAAAAAAGCUAUAUUAGGAUAAAAAGGACCUCGGACUUUGAGUUAUGUCACGCUCGUUACGAUACGACAUGAAGCCUGCAGCAGGCACCGAAGAAAUAACGGCGCAUGUGAACUACUGGCCUGUGAAAACUUCCUCGUCAUACUCAGUAACUACAAAUUAUCACCAGAGAAGGUAAUUUUAUUCACGUGAUUUGUAUCAUGCACCCAGAAACAUGACUUGGACAUUUGUUUGACCGCAAAACACCGUUGCGUGCCUCAUAUUUGUAAAUAGAAAUUACAGGCUUUAUUUGUGUGGUGCAUGUUUAAGUUGAUAUAACGGUUCUCCUCUAGCAGUGACCUUAUUUCACUGUUGCACAGAAACAGGAAUCGUAAUUCAUGGGACUCGUUGACAUGAGUCCUCUAAAGCGCAGUGGUUGCUGCAUAUGUCUUGUGCUUUAACAUUCCAGAACACUGCCUUUUGCCUCCAGAGUACUUAUAUUUAUGUAUUUAGUAUGCUUUUCAGAAUAAACAGCAUAUUUUUUGUAAGGUAGGGACUAAUUUUAAGUAUUAUCUAGAUUAAUUUAAAUUGUGUCAUUCUAACCCAGUUUUAACGGAAUUCUAAGGUAGAUGAGUGGGCCACAAAAUUAUCGGUAAUGGCAGUUGUGCUCUGUGGAGCCCACGGUCUCCGCUUUGGGUUUCCAGGAAAUCCGUAGAAACCUCUGAUGGCGAAUUAUAAUUCUACAGGAUUCUAGCAUUAGGUAAUGAGAUGCUAUGAAGAAAAGGGGGAAUGUGCUGUAAUUAUAGGAAUGCUUGCCAAUAACUGAUAGGAGUAUCUGCAAUACAUCGUUGCGAGACGUAAUUCCUUAC